UAAAAAUGGCGCAUUUUCGGGGAAAUUUAACUGAAGUUUUUGACUGAUUUGACAGAAGUGCAGAAAUGAAUGCACAUAUUCGAUAUCAUUAAGACUACAAUGGGUAAAGGUGAUUUCAAAUUAUUCGUGCAAAUAAUAUAGAAGCUGCACAUAAUCCGAGGUAUUUGAACCGAAUCAAAUUUCACUUUCAAAACACAGCGUCUCAGAUCUGGUUUGUUUACAUCCAUGGGAUAAUCAGAAACAUCAAGGGAAUAUCAAAGACACUCAGCUGACAAUAAUAAUUAAGUGGUGUAGUAUUUAGGAGUAAUCAAAGAUGUCUGCUGAUAAAAGUAACAGUAUUGUUCAGGAAGGUGGAGAAGAAAAUAUUGGAAAGAAAUCUGAUAUGUUGGAAGUAGAUAGCAAAGCUGAUACACCACUUAAAGACAUAUCUGAUUCAUCAUCUCCAUCUAUUGGUACACCACCUCAGGUGUCAAUAUCAUUAGAAACUCCUCCCCAAGUGACCAUAUCAUCAGCAACCCCUCCUCAGUUGUCCACAUCAUCUGAAACACCACCUCAGACUUCAAAAGAAUUCUUGUUUACUCCACCAAGUCAACCCCCUCCUAAACCAUCAAAUUCUAGCAUGUCCAGUUCUCACAACACUGAUGAGGACAAUCUUGAUUUUAUUAAAGAACAGCUGAACUUUUUAAAUAAUGAGAGUGGAGAAUUAGCUACACCCAUUCACAAAUCUAACAAACAGAAAAGACAGGACCUUGCCAGAAAGCAUUACGAUCUAGCAGGAAAGAGAAAAGAAUUCAGAUCACCUGUUAAACAAUUUCUAAAGCUUCACAAUAGAGGAAUCAAAAGAAGCCCACAAAAAAUCAAACCAAGAAAACCAAAAAGAGUAAGACGUUCUAUUGGAUUUGCAGAGAAAUCGCCUGACAAGGGCCAUAACUCUAGUGGUGCUGAGGCUGAUACAUCUGAGGAUGACUCAUCCGACGAUAAUUGGAAAAUAAUUGAUGAUAGUUCAGAUAAUGAAAUAGACAAGGCUUUAGAAGAAAAUGCUUCAAGACAAAAUCUGACUGUUGUCAAUGUCAAGAAUAUAUUACAUCAAGUUAUAACUAAUGAAGAUGUGGUUGCCAUGGUUAAGAAUACCUUACAUGAUAUGACAGAGGAAGACUCAGAAUCGUUGCUAGUCCCUGCUACAUAUGAACCAAAAAUGACCAGGUCAAAGUUUAAAGAAGUUCUGGAAAAAGAUGGAACAAUACAUCAUCCCUGGCCAUUAUCUCCUUUGAAAAAGAAAGAAAGAUUGACCACAUCAUUCUUGGACCUUCCUUUACCUGAUGAUGACGAAGAUGGGGACGAUGAAUAUAAUCCUGAGAAAGAAAUAGAGUUGGGUAGUUAUAGUGAUGAAGAUAGUGAGAGUGUAGCCUCAUCCCAGGUCAGUGACUUGGGGUCACCACGACCUUCAACGCCAGCAACACCAUCCUCUGCCAUCAGUCGUUUCUCAGAUUUAGACAAGACUCCCAGUGUUCAAGGGGAUGAUGAACUGAAAAGUCCUAUGGGUCCACCAACAAAGCUCCCAGUGUCAGCAACAAAGAGCAUGCUAGGAAAAAGAUAUCACAUGGCUAUGGCAGAGUCUGAUAGGAAGGCUAAGCAGGCAGAAGAGGAAACCAUUGCUUUAAGAACCAGAUCCAAACUUUCUUUGCAUGAUACCAGUUUAUUAGAGUUAGAGUCAAACUUUGUGGCACCUGAUAUAACCUGGGACAUGUAUGAAACCUCUUGUGAUGACAAAGAUUGGAUGACUUUUUUAACAGGAUUACAGAAAAUACCAGAGAAUGAGGAUACAAAUGAUGAUGAGAAUGAUCCAGAAUAUAACUACCUGGCGGAGGUUGAGGAGGAGGAUGUUGAUAUGGAAGAUUUAAGACGUGACAGGGCAGUACAAAUAUCUCGAAAAGAAAUGAAUGAAUUAAUGGAUGAAUUAUUGGAAGCUUAUCAAGAUACAGAUACAUUAGAAGAAGGAGAGAAAGAACUAUUAAAGAAAAGAGCAAUUGAAACAGUCAAAAUAUCUACCAAGAAAUCCAGCAAGUCUGUAUGUCCCAGUAUAGAAGUUGGACUAACAGAAUCACAGAGGAUACAACUAGAACACCAAAUGAGAAAGCAUGUACAGUUGUUAUCCCAGAUGUACGUACUAGCAGCAGGGAAUAUACAGGAUUAUCAGGAAGUCAAGGAAAACAGUAGAUUCUUACUCAAUGAAUUACAGAAAUUUAGUGAGGUGAAUUCUACAUUAACUUCCUACUCUGCCUACAAAGCCUGUAAUUUGGAAGAAGCUGUGGAGAUGGUCAAUGAAGACAAGGAGUUUGUUCAGAUAGAUCCUAAAAAUGUUAUUGUCAAUAAUAGAAUGAGACCAAAGAAAACACAAUUAUCACCAGCCAAAAGAAGCAGGAAGGCUAAUAUAGAGAAAAAUUCCAAAUCUGUUUCCCCAGAAAAAGGCAUAGAAAACAUGUUAUGUAGGAAUUAUAAACAGUUGUCUGAGAAAAAGAAAGAUUUAAUUUACAGUGUCCUUGGACAAGGGGCUAAUUUUAAUGAACCUUCAUCAUUGUUACCAAGGAAUAAUCUACCAAACUUAACAACACAGCAGAGGGAGAUUUUCUGGAGAAGUCUGAUCUUCAUCUAUUCUGAUUAUCUCCCUUUGGGGAAUCUAUUAAUAUCCAGGGACUUUUCUAAAUCACCCAGAGUUUGUUUUACUGAAGCAGAAGACAACUUACUGGCAUUAGGAUUGGAACAGUUUAGAAAUCUACCCUACCACAGAAGAUUGAUUCAGAAGUUUAUGCUGCCAUGUAAAACAGAAGAUCAGAUAAAAAUAAGAAUUAAAAAUCUUACAGCCAAAAAUACUCCAGAUAAUCCAGUUAAGACAUUUAAAACAACAAAGAAAAUUCCUGAUUUUCCAAUAUUUACUGAUAUUUUUGAUGUCAAUGAAAUUAAACCAGUAAUGAGACAGGAUGCUUCAUGUUUACCUGUUUGGUGUAAGGAAAUGAAAAUAAGGGAGAUAAUUUUGCUACACGAUGACGAUGAACUAGAAGGCUGUUAUAGUAUACAAAGAUCUAGUAGUGUCAACAUACCUGUAGUUUAUAAUAAACUGGUCACGCUUAAUCCGAAUAAAUCCAAAUCUGCACCUAACACUCCUAAGAUGCCACAAGAAAAAACAAGACCUGAACAACCAGCAGCUCUUAAAGUUCUUCAGUUUGAUGGUGUCAGUUUACCAGAUACAUCAACUGGCAUAUUACAAGUUAUACCUACCUCCGAGACCCUAACAGCUGCUCAUAAAGUUCCCCAGUAUGAUGCUGGCAACUUACCAGAUACCCCAACAAGCAUAUUACAAGUUACGUCCACCUGCAAGACCAUACCAGCUGCUCUUAAAGUCCUUCAGUUUGAUUCUGUGAUUACAAGUAAUAAAAGUAACCCAUCAAGUCCAAAAGUUACACAAUUACAAGAUAUUGGUAGAAAGACAUGUAAUUCACCAGGAUUUAUUAAACUACAUGAGAAUCUUCCACAAGGAAGUCCUUUUACUGUCUCAGAAAAAGAUUUCAAUACAAACCAAGGGGGAAGUAUCCCAUCUAACAGCUCUCAAAACAUAACAGAAUCAUGUUCUACCUCUGUGUCUAUGGUAACAUCUUUUGGUGGACUGAUUUCAUCAGAAAGCUCAUCCCCAGUGAGGAAAUCUGGUGCCGUUAUGAUAAUGCAUGGACAGACCCCAGUAACAUGUGCUGCACCUACCUUUGUCCUGGUCAAUAAAACAGUUGGUGCUCCUAUCAGGGGGAGGAUUGAUUCAACAAUACUAUCAUCAGCUCUGCCAUCAAGUAUCUGUUCUGUAAUACACACAGAUAUCACUAGUACUAACAAAGUUAUCUCUCCUACAAAACUAAUCGAUGACAUAUCCAAAGAAGUGCAAAAUGAAUUUACUCCUCAGAAGAAAACACCAACGAAAAGAGCAGCAGAGAUUGUGGCUUCUUAUGCUCCAUAUUAUCUUUCCCCAGAACUCAUUAAAGAUACAUGUCUGAGUCAGGAUACACAAGAAAGAACACCAACCAAAAUGUCUCCCUUGUCAACAUCAUCUAGUCGUUAUAGACCUGUUGCUCCUAAACCUAUCAUAUUAAGUUCAUUCACAUCACCUGUGAAAAAGGUGUCACCUUUUUUGGAGAAAAAGAAGUUCACCAGUCCUAGACGGAAACAGUUACAAACUAAAGCUAUGUCCAUACGUCCUAAGGGUUUUGUACCAAACAAACCCCAUAUAUCACCGAGUAAAAAAGCUGCAUACAGUAUAAUAAACAGAGCAUUGAAAAGACCUAAGACAUUAUUACCUAAACCAUUUGGAAUGGUGACACGACCUCUACAUGUACAUGUACGAGAGGUAGAGGAUGAGGAAGAGGACAUUCCCUCAGUGGUAACUAGUGAAAGUGAGGGAAUGGAAACGGAUUAUAUGUCGGGAGAUUGUAUUGAUACUAUGGAUGUAGACGAAGCUCAACUUUACAAUAGUCCUUCAGUAUUCUCAAAUCGACAGAAACAUAAUUCAGGCUCAAAUCGUAGUGUUGAAAGUGACGAUACUCAAAGUGAGGCUGAGGAUACUAACCUUUAUGACAGUCAGAAUGAAGAUGAUGUCAUAGAUGAUGAAGAUCAUUUAGCCGAUUUGAUGACCGCUAGUUCCACUAUAUGUUUUGCUUCCCAGAGACAGAGUGCCAAAGACAAAGAAAGCAGAAAGAAAGGAAUGAAAAAGAAAGAUACAACUAUAGCCAUGCUAGCUCCAGAUUUGUUGGAAGUUGAUCCACAUAAAGAUGACAAAGAUACAGCUUUUGCCCAGGCUUAUUUAAACAGAACGAAAGAGGCACUGAAAGAAGAUUCAGACAAAUAUGAACAGUUCCUGAAGAUAUUAAAUGACUUUGGAAAAUCAGAACAGUCACCAAUAAAGUUGUACCAAGAGCUAAAUGUACUCCUGUCAGACUAUCCAGACUUGGUUAGUGAUUUUGCUGGAUUUUUACUCCCAGAACAAGCUGUGGAAUGUGGCUGUUUAUUGGCAUCGCAAGAAUUCAAGAGAGCAAAAACAUUUUUACGGAAAUUGGAGGUGUAUUUAGCCAGGCACCCCUCUCACUACCAGAAAGUGAUGAAGAUAUUUUCUCGCUGGUCACAAAGUGAGACAAGAAAUGUAAAAGAGCUGAGAGAAGCAUUAGAACCAAUGUUAAAAAUGCAACCACACCUACUAGAAGAGCUGUCAUUGUUUUUUGGUGAUGAAAGACCACCUGAUAGUUAUAUGACAGACUAUGAGGAGAUAACUCUUGAUGACAGUGAUGAAGAAGCAGAUCCUGAUGGAUAUGAAGUAAUAGAACUUCCUGAUGAACAAGACAUUAAUGGCACAAAGCUCUGUCAAUGUAACUGUCAUAAAAACACACUAGACCAAAACUAUUUGAAGAGAAAUCGUCAUUGUUAUUCUUGUUGUUUGAAGGUAAUAGAUGGUGAGCUCUAUUUUAGAGUUAGCAAUAAAGUAUUAAAGAAAGUCAAUGUGAUAUAUCAUAAACCCAUAAAAGCUCGAUCAAGAGAAGUCCAGCAAUCUGAACCAACAGAGCCACUACCCUGGGUAGAUCCUGAGCCAGCUGAACCUACCACUCUACCUUGGGUUGAUGAUGAUCCUAUUGCAGAAAAGGAAAAUGUAGAUAUUUCAUUAUUACCAAAGAUAAAUGGUUCCAAGAAGAAGAAAGACAGAACCAGGUUCCAUUCUGGUAGUGAUUCCUGCUCUCAGCCAGAUCCUGUUGUUUAUAAUACUUGUGAUCAGUCAGAAACAUAUGUGAACCAAAUACCAAACACUAUAACAGCUGUUCAUGGCACUAGUACUAUACAAAAUAUUGGUGAAAUCUGUAUCUCUCAAACUAUAAAUCAGUCUUGUACUUCACAAACUGUUCAUCAACAUAUGCCUUCUCAAAAGGUAAAUGAAAAAAGUGAUUCAGAAACUAUUGCUGAGCCUCAAUCUGAAAAAACUGAUAGUGAAUCUAAUAUUGUACGGGAAAUAGAACCAUCAGAACAUUCCCAGGAUAUAGAAGAAAGUGAAAAUUCUCCUAGUCAAAGGGGUAAUUUUGUUGUUUUAAAUGAAGAGGCCAACAUCUCACCAAGAAAAUGUGAACCUAAUUUGGAACUGGCAUCCAAUUCUAGUAGUACUCUUCCAUAUGUGAAUGGUAGUGAAUCUACGACCUGUCCUGACAUCUUAGCCAAAGCUUUGAAGGUUGCCAUGAUAGGCCAAGGAGAUGUGUCAAUGGACGUUUCACAUGACAAUCACAGUUUACUUGCAUUUCCUGGGGUUAAAAUUAUUCCUAGUCAGACUUCAGUUACAAAUGACAUGGCAAAAUCUUUCAUGGAUGUGACUCCCAUGUUAUCAUCUAGUCGCGUAGAAAAACACUUUGUGAAGGAAUUGUUUGCCUCAUCGUCUGAUAGUUCAGAUAGUAACACUAUUAAACCUAUUAUCACUGUGUCUGAUGAGAUGUCAAAUAUUGGAGUUAUCAAAAGUUUAGAUCCCUCAGAAAAUCCAGACAAUAUUAUAUGUACCAUAGCAAGAGAAGAAGAUUCUACUUUGUCUCAGUUUGGUUUUAAUAAGACAGGUUUUAUAGGUAUUUCUGAUCACGCCAAUGAAAGACAUCUUCCGACUGUGCCAGAGGAAGAUAGUACUGAAAAAACGGAAAAUUCUCCAAUCUCAAAUAUCACUUUCAAAACUUUUGGAAAAGAUGUGAAAAAUGUGCAAAGAGAAAUGAGUACUUUCACUCAUAUUGAAACAAAAACUGUUUCAGAUAAAUCAGUAGCUUCCAUCAAAUCUGGGAAUAUUUCUCACCCAGAGCAGGAUUUGAGUAGGUCUAACAGUAGACUAUCAGAAGCCAAAAGUAUUGACAGUCCUAAAUCGACAGUAAGUUUAGUUCAUCCUGAGAUUGAGUCCAGUGUGAUAGGUUUUAAUACGGACUCAAAUGGCUCAGGUUCAUCUUUACAUCCAAGUACAGAAAUCAACAGAUUGACACCUAGAAGAGCAUCAGUAACAAAACAAGUGGCGUCUGCUAAAACAGUAGAGAAGGGAGAUAACUCUUCCCCUACAGCAGAAAGCCAAUCAGAAUCAGCCAGUGAAUUGUCUGAUAGUGGAAGUAAUAGUGUUGAUACUGGUUCUAACUGGAACAAAGAUGCUGAUCGUAUUAUAUUAGAAGUGGUGAAGACGAAUGGACCAGGAUCAGAAACAUUUAGUACCAUAUCCAAACAAUUACGUGAUAAAACACCUCAACAGGUUUCACAGAGGUUUCAUCAGCUGUUAGAGAUAUUAGCUAGCGAAGAAACUCCAAGUGAAGAGGACAGCUAACUGAUGAUCAUUUACUUUUAUAGCAAAACUAAAUACUCAUAGAAAAAAUUGUUGUGAAGUAAAUGAUGAUUUAAUAAGAAAAACUGCAUAACAACUUAAUUUCACAAAUAAGGCUUAUUUCCUGUUUAUCUGUUUCCAGGAAUCAAUUGUGUAUGAAUCACUAGAUCAGCUUCUUUGUUAGUAACAGUAAACUAUAGCCGUGGGUGUUUGUUGAAUGUAAGGUUUUGUCUGUAUUUACAUGUAAUUGGCAUUGCCACUUGUAAUAUUACCUUGAUUAGCACUGAGAUUAAUAUUCCAUGUUUCUGUCUUGAUUAGAAAUGCACUGAUAUCAUUUUUCUAUUUUUGUCCGUCUUGAUUUGAACUAUAUUAAUUUUUCAUUUUUUCUGUCUUGAAUAAAAUGACUUUGAUGCUAAUUUUUCAUGACACAUGAUAUACAUGGUUACUUUAAACUACACAUUGUUUUCCACUUGUUUCAUCAUAUUGAUAGAUAAGAUGUUUUCCAGCUGAACAAUAAUGUUAGAGAUUUUGAUAAGUUAAAUCUGUGAUAUUUUUUAAUUCUUUGAGAGAGAAGCCUGGAUGUGAAGGAUUUUGUAAAAGCAAUAAAAGUUAGGGUAUAAGGAUUUCAUUUAUAAGGGUAUAAUAACAUAUUUCAAUAUUUACUAAAUUUUAUAAAAGUUAUCUUUUUAAAAAGGACAUCAACCUUUUUGUCAUAGUCAAAUAUUUGUCAUUUGACAGACCAUAGGAUAUGUGUAACUUACACAUACAAAAAGUUAUUAUAGGAUAUGCUUAGCCUUCCACAGUACCUGAGAUCACCGCUAGUCUUUGGUUAGGUCAUGUUGCCCCCCUCUUAACAUUACCUUUCUUAAGUACUAUAUGGACCUUUUCAUGUAAUUUUUGUGUACGUUUGUAUUCAUACAAUGUAUUUGAAAAAUCAAAAAAAUUGAAAUUUUGUUAUUUAUUGUUCAAAUUUGAAACACAUAUUUUAUAAAACAUACUUUUAUGAUACA